ACCCCUCUGGAGGACCGGCUCCCGGAGGCUGCGCAGGGCCUGACUGACGGGCGCUUGGUGCGAGAGCCGAAUCCGUGGAGAAUGGCGGCCGGUCCCCCGGUCACCAUCAGCAUUGAGGCGACCUGUGAGAAUCAAGUGCAGGAAGUUGCUCUCGAUGGCACGGAGGCCUACGUGCAACCGCUCUCCAUGUCGGAGAAUCUGGCCAAGCUGGCGCAGAAAAUCGACUUUAACCGGAGCGACUCGGAGGGGGAAGAGGCCGAGGCCCAGGCCGGGGAAGAGUGGGCGCAGCGGCAGCAGGACAGCGACGAUGAGGAGGCAAUGCUGAAGUUUCAGCCCUCUUUGUGGCCAUGGGAUACAGUUAGAAAUAACUUGAGGAGCACACUGACAGAAAUGUGUGUACUUUAUGAUGUGCUUAAUGUCCUCAAGGAGAAAAAGUAUAUGACCUUGGACCCAGUCUCUCAGGAAUCACCGCCUUCCAAACAGGGUUUACAACUGUGUGGGAAGAAAAAAUCUCUGGCAGGAGCUGCUCAGAUUCUCUUGAAAGGAGCAGAAAGAUUAAAUAAAUCGGUUGCAGAAAACCUGGAACAUAAGCAUCAAAGAGACUUCAACUCAGAGCUCCUCAGACUACGACAGCACUGGAAACUAAGAAAAGUGGGUGACAAGAUCCUUGGGGAUUUGAGUUAUAGAAGUGCAGGAUCCCUUUUUCCUCAUCAUGGGACAUUUGAAGUAAUAAAGAAUACUGAUCUGGAUUUAGAUAAGAAAAUUCCAGAUGAUUAUUGUCCUCUUGAUAUAUUGAUUCCUAGUGAUCUGGAGGGAUCAGCACAUAUUAAGGUUUCUAUACAGAAGCAAGCUAAUGAUAUUGGAGAUCUUGGCACAGUCAACCUCUUUAGAAGACCUUCACAGAAACCUAGUCAAGGUAAUGCACACUGGCAGACAAAGCUAGAAGAAGCACAAAAUGUUCUGUUGUGUAAAGAAAUCUUCGCACAGCUGUCCCGAGAAGCAGUUCAGAUUAAAUCACAGGUACCACACAUUGUAGUAAAGAACCAGAUCAUCUCUCAACCAUUUCCAGGUUUGCAGUUAUCCAUUUCCUUGUGCCAUUCUGUGAAUGAUAAGAAAGCUCAGAAAUCUUCUGUUGAAAAGCAACGGCCUGAUGAUCACCUGUAUGUGCUAGAACACAACCUUCACCAGCUAAUGAGAGAGUUCCAUAAACAGACCUUGAGUUCUUCAGUGAUGCCCCACCCAGCUACUGCACCUUUUGGGCUGAAGAGAAUGAGGUUAGCAGGACCCCUGGCAUAUGACAAAGGAGAGAUCAGUGCCUUACAGCAGAAUGAAGGAUUACUGGAGAAGAUCCUAAAACAGGCUAAGCACAUCUUUUUGAGACGUAGAACUGCAAGAACAAUUGACAACUUGGCCAGUCGUAUUGAAGAUCCACAGAUACAGGCUCAUUGGUCGAACAUUAAUGAUGUAUAUGAAUCCAGUGUUAAAGUGUUGAUAACAUCCCAAGGCUAUGAACAGAUUUGCAAAUCAAUUCAGCUGCAGUUGAACAUUGGUAUUGAACAGAUUAAGGUGGUGCACAGAGAUGGUAGAGUAAUUACGAUAUCUCAUCAGGAGCAGGAAUUGCAGGAUUUUCUUCUCUCCCAGAUGUCACAACACCAGGUGCAUGCAGUUCAGCAGCUGGCCAAAGUAAUGGGCUGGCAUCUGUUGAGCUUCAGCAAUCAUGUGGGCCUGGGUCCAGUGGAGAGUAUUGGGAAUGCUUCUGCAAUAACUGUAGCUUCACCCAAUGGAGAAUAUUCAAUUUCAGUACGAAAUGGGCCUGAAAGUGGCUGUAGAGUGGUGGUUCAGUUUCCUAGAAGUCAGUGCAAAGAUCUUCCCAAGAGUGAUGUGAUGCAGGACAGUAAAUGGAAUCAUCUUCGAGGACCAUACAAGGAAGUACUGUGGAGUAAGAUGGAAGGACGUAACUUUGUUUAUAAAAUGGAACUCCUGAUGGCAGCUCUUGCUCCUUGCCCAUAAUUGAUGAUUUUUGUACUUUCCACUUAGCGUUCUGCUGAAGCAAUAGGAUACAAAUUUAAAACUGCCAUUGAGUGUACUUUGUUUUACUGAAAUUGAAAAGAUGUGUUCCACUAAUUAUGGAAAUGAGUGAAAGUUUUAAUAGGUACUCACUAUUGGCAAUUAAUGGUUAAGGUGCAAUUGUAUCUUUUGUUCAUCUGUGUAUAAUUUUCUAUGGUUUGUAAAUAAAGUAAGUUGAUUUGUU